AUGAACGAUGUUCUGGAGGCCAUCUCCCCUGCGACCAGCCUCAGCGGUCCAGCUACCUGCGUCUCCAAAGUAGAGCUGCGUGUGUCUUGCAAAGCCCUGCUGGACCGAGACACGCUGAAUAAGUCAGACCCAUGUGUCAUUAUCAUGGUGCAGACCAACGGACAGUGGAUAGAGCUGGACAGGACAGAAGUGAUCAAGAGCAACUUGCAUCCGGUCUUUGCCAAGGUUUUCUCAUUGGACUACUACUUUGAGGAGGUUCAGAAGCUGCGAUUUGAAGUCUAUGACAUCCAUGGCACUCACAGCAUCGGGACCCGCGAUGAUGACUUUCUGGGCGGGGUGGAGUGCACUCUUGGCCAGAUCGUGGCCCAUAAGAAGAUGGUGAAGCCUUUGUUGCUGAAGUAUGGGAAAUAUGCCGGCAAAUCCACCAUCACCGUGCACGCUGAGGAAAUUUCUGGCAACAACGGGUAUGUGGAGCUCUCCUUCCGUGCCAAGAAGCUUGAUGACAAGGAUCUCUUCAGCAAGUCAGACCCAUUUCUGGAAAUAUACCGAAUCAAUGACGAUGAAACCGAACAGCUUGUGCACAGAACUGAGGUGAUUAAAAACAACCUGAAUCCUGUGUGGGAGCCCUUCAAAGUGUCUCUCAUAUCUCUGUGCAGCUGUGAUGAGGAGCGGAAACUCAAGUGCCUAGUGUGGGAUUAUGACUCGAGGGGAAAACACGACUUCAUCGGCGAGUUUUACGCUACAUUCAGGGAAAUGCAGAAUAUUUCCAGUGGAAAUAAGGUUACGUGGGAUUGCAUCAAUCCCAAGUACAAACAGAAGAAGAGAAACUAUAAAAAUUCAGGAGUUGUCAUCCUCACUGACCUCAAGCUCCACAGAGUGUACUCCUUCUUAGAUUACAUCAUGGGAGGAUGCCAGAUUCACUUUACGGUUGCCAUUGACUUCACAGCCUCAAAUGGAGACCCCAGGAACAGCUGCUCUUUGCACUACAUCAACCCAUACCAGCCCAACGAGUACCUGAAGGCUCUGAUAGCAGUGGGGGAGAUCUGUCAAGACUAUGAUAGUGACAAAAGAUUUUCGGCUUUGGGGUUCGGUGCCAGAAUCCCUCCGAAUUAUGAGGUGUCUCAUGACUUUGCCAUUAAUUUCAACCCAGAGGAUGAUGAAUGUGAAGAGAUCCAAGGAGUGGUUGAGGCAUACCAGAACUGUCUUCCUAAGAUCCAAUUGUAUGGCCCAACCAAUGUUUCUCCCAUCAUUAACAGGAUAGCCAAGCUGGCAGCAGGCGACGGCAACAUUAAAGAUGCUUCUCGGUACCACAUCCUGCUCAUCCUCACGGAUGGUGUUGUGACAGACAUGGCAGACACACGUGAAGCUAUUGUGCGCGCCUCCUACCAGCCUCUCUCCAUAAUCAUUGUUGGUGUGGGCAAUGCAGACUUCACAGACAUGCAGAUUUUGGAUGGAGAUGAUGGAGUCCUACGCUCACCAAAGGGCGAGCCAGUCCUGAGGGAUAUUGUGCAGUUCGUGCCCUUCAGAGACUUCAAAACGGCUUCACCUGCAGCCCUGGCCAAAUGUGUUCUGGCGGAGGUGCCCAAGCAAGUAGUGGAGUACUACAGCCAUAAGGCCAUCUCCCCUAUGUGUCCUCUGAGGGAGUUGCUGACCCCCAUCCUCAGUCCUCUCGCCACCACACCAACAGAAUAACCAUCCUUCCUGCUUUUGGGACCAUGCUUUGACCACAGCACCAGUCCGGCAAACUGAGAGGGAGAAAGGACGCAUGCCUUGCGAUUUUUGAAAAAGGACUGGAGAAAAAAUCUUUCUUAAUGUGUAGUUACUCAUUUCUUUCAUUCUUCACACCUAUCAAACAGUAAGACAGAGGCUGUUGGUUACAUUUCUCUGCUCGGUGUCGAU